GGGUUAGGGAGGUGUGUCUUAUGCACUUGGCUCCCAGGGUCGGUGAGUGAGCACCAGCCCAGCACACACAGACCCCCACAGAUCCACUCUACUUCUGCACGGAGGGGUUUGUCGGAGGUUGUUAAAGUGGACUAAACAAUCAGGUCCAUUGCUGCUAUAGUUACAUUCUCCUGAUCUGCCAGUCCAACUUUUCUUCUCCAUCGUCUGAAUCCCCUCAUGGGCCCCAUAUCAGCCAGUGCUAGAAAACUUUCAUCAGAGCCCAUCACAGCAUCUCACCCUUGACCAUGGAGAUGAAACAGGCAGUGAUGAUGAACCAAGAGGAACAAGAUGAGAGGGACAAAUCUGAAGAGAAUGGCAGGUUGGUGGAUGGCAGCAUUGCUGAGAAAGGACAGAAACCAGUCUCUGGGCCCACACAGGUCUCAAAUGGAUACCCCAGCACAUCAGCUCAGAGCCCAAGGGAAGGCACUGGGGCUAUCGGGGACAGGACAAGUGCUCCUGGGGGAUUCAGGACGCUUGUGGUCCAGCAGACCAGUCUGGAUCCGCCCAGGGAGACAUGGAGUAAGAAGGUGGAUUUCCUUCUGUCGGUUAUUGGCUACGCAGUGGACCUGGGCAAUGUGUGGCGCUUCCCGUACAUCUGCUACCAGAAUGGAGGGGGUGCAUUCCUGUUGCCUUACCUGUUAAUGGCAGUGUUUGGCGGGGUUCCUCUGUUCUACAUGGAGCUGGCACUCGGGCAGUUCCACCGCAGUGGCUGCAUAUCCAUCUGGAAACACAUUUGCCCUAUCUUCAAAGGUAUUGGUUUUGCCAUCUGCAUUAUAGCGCUGUACAUCGCCUUCUACUACAACACCAUCAUGGCCUGGGCUCUGUAUUACCUGUUGUCUUCUUUCAACUCAACGCUUCCGUGGGCGACAUGCAAAAAUUCCUGGAACACGGCCAACUGCAAGCAGUAUCUAUUCACUGAUAGCAACAUUUCCUGGACCAAUGAAUCCAUGUCGCCUGCCGAGGAGUUCUAUACACGGAAGGUUUUGCAGCUGCACCUGUCCCCAGGUCUUCAUCAGCUGGGUGCAGUGAGCUGGCAGCUGGCGCUCUGUCUGCUCUUCAUCUUCACCAUCGUCUACUUCAGCAUCUGGAAGGGAGUUAAGACCUCUGGCAAGGUAGUAUGGGUGACAGCAACCCUUCCAUAUGUGGUUCUGUUGAUCCUUCUAGUGCGAGGUGCCACUCUGCCUGGAGCAUGGAGAGGCGUUGUCUUCUACCUGAAGCCUAACUGGGAGAAGCUCCUGACCACUACGGUUUGGAUUGAUGCAGCAGCCCAGAUCUUCUUCUCUCUGGGUCCAGGUUUUGGUGUGCUCCUAGCCUUUGCCAGCUACAAUCCCUUUCACAACAACUGUUACAAAGAUGCAUUGCUGACGAGCUCAGUGAACUGUCUGACCAGCUUCAUGUCAGGCUUCGUGAUCUUCACCGUACUUGGAUACAUGGCUGAGAUGCGGAAGGAGAGGGUGGAGACAGUCGCAAAGGAUGCUGGUCCCAGUCUACUUUUCAUCGUCUAUGCCGAGGCCAUCUCCAACAUGCCUGCUAGCACUUUCCUUGCCAUUAUUUUCUUCCUCAUGAUCAUCAUGCUGGGAUUAGAUAGCACGUUUGCUGGGCUGGAAGGAGUUAUCACUGCUGUCUUGGAUGAGUUUCCCCACCUGUUCGCCCGCAGAAGAGAGUGGUUUGUUCUUGGUCUGGUGUGUGUCUGCUACCUGGGAGCUCUCUCCACACUUACCUAUGGAGGGGCAUUCGUGGUGAAACUGUUCGAAGAAUAUGCAACAGGCCCUGCUGUCAUCACUGUCGUCUUCCUCGAAGUCAUUGCUGUUUCCUGGUUUUAUGGGACAACGCGUUUCUGCAAUGACGUGCAGCUGAUGCUUGGCUUCUCCCCUGGUCUGUUUUGGAGGGUGUGUUGGGUGGCCAUCUGCCCUUGCUUCCUACUGUUCAUCAUUGGAAGUUUUCUAGCCUUCCCUCCUGUGGUGAAGCUCUUUAAUUACGUGUACCCAUUCUGGACCACUGUACUGGGCUACUGCAUUGGUGUCUCUUCUUUCAUUUGCGUGCCUUCCUACAUGGUCUACCAUCUGCUCACUGCCAAAGGGACCUUCAAACAGCGUCUGAUGAAAAGCAUCACCCCUGAGCCUGCAAACAUCGAUAGCCUGCACAGAGAUAUCAUCAUCACCAAUGCUGUGUGAGUGGAGACCCUUCGCCCUCUGCUGGACAUGUAGCACAAGUGGGUAUUCCACCCCUUCUUCAUAUCCCAGAUCUGCCAAAGGAGUCUCUAACCCGAACAUGCGAUGGCUGGAUUCCUGCAUCCAGCAAUUCAGCUGCUCUAUUUCCCACCAUUCCUAAAUGUGGCAGCGUUCAAUGUACGUGUGAGAUGGCACCUGCCACAAAGAUAUAUCUAUUGGGUAUUCGAGUCAGGAGUCUGGUAGCACAAAUGUCUUUUUGGUUUUUGUCACCAUUUUGUGAUCUCAUGUUUUGUUACAUUGUUCUCAAACAAAUGGACUAGAAGUCGUAAAGAAAUCAAUAAUGGACAGUAUACGUAAUGUAUGCAUGUCUCACUCUAUUUAGCACUUUCAGAUCAAAUAUGACAUUUGAAUCUCCCACCAACUAACAGUUUUGUUUUAUAUGCAUCUGACAUUUCAGGUAGCUUUUACAUUUAUAUAUAUUUAUGAAGCCAAAUAUAAUUGGAGAUGACUUGUAUUGCUGUUCAAUUUACUUCACAGAUCCUUACGGUUUGAGGUUUGAACUCCUCAGAUAGAGAAAAAGCAAGGUUUGGUUUGUUGCACAGGUGUGUGUGUACGUAUGAGUGUUUGGGUGUCGGUGAACAAAUAUCUAUCCAUCACACCUCUUUGUAAUUAUCAUUGUGGAGAGUGUCACUGCUCACAGUUGUCAGGUUUAUCAAAACCACAAAAUACAGCAUCUUAUAUGUAACAUAAACUUAUUUUGGACCAUUUGUGGAAUUGCAUUAAUGUAAUGCAUUCUUCAUUCAUGAAACGAGACACCAAUAGCCAACACAGUGACUCUUUAUUUUCCAUGUUAUAUGUGAAUGACAAGGUAGCAGAAACCAAAUACUAGUGUGCUUGUUACAAAUGGUUCAACUAUAACCCGAAAGACGUGGUUUUCUUUGGGGAGGGAAAAAAAACUAGCAAAUGACUGAAAGUGCAAGUGUGUACCUGUGUGUGUGUGUGUGUGUUGCUGUUUGUGUUUGUCAUGUGACAACCUGUCAACCUGUCUGAGAUGUAUAGGGUGUGUGAUGUUCGUUAGUUUUCAGCAUGUGUGAGCUUUAAGUAAAUGUAGAAAAGCCAAAAGCCAUGGUUCGAUCUGUGUGUGUGUGUGUGUAUGCACGCACAUGCAUGUAGACAAGAAUGUAUUCUAUGUAUUUAGUCUGUGCCUCAAAAUAGUGUUGCCUCUUCCUCCUACCUAUCUUGUUCUUGUCUUUACAAGUUACUCUAUCAAUGUAAAAUCUCCUGUACUUUAUCGAUGUAUGUCUACAUGACUGUUAUAUGAAUGCAUAUAGAAUAAAGAUAUAUAUGAAUUAUAUAUUAAUUAUUAGAUAAAUAAAAAAUAUAUAUGUAUUAAUAA